AGGAAAGUUCUGUACCAGUGCUGUGUCAGAGAAGCCCUUUGGUAGCUCUCCUGUUUUUCCUGUAGUUUCUCUAGCCACCAGCAUGGAGGGACCUUGGGUAGGCACCUGGAGACCUCAUCCCCGACGGGGCCCAAUCCUUGCAGAAUUCAGCACCCCAGGUCCUAAGUACUGGAUCCCUGGAACAACAGGUCAUAUGGCUCAUAAUCCCACCAAAGACCGAGCCCCUGCAUACUCAUUUCGAGGGACCAAAGCGCCCUCCACAGACAGCUGCUCACCAGGUCCUCGGUACUUCAUCCAUCCAUCCAUCACCAAGUCUGGGAAGUAUGUGUCACCAUCAGCACAUAUGACAGGACGUCCCAAGUCCAAGACUUUGGUCACCCCCGGACCCAGUGACUACACCACCGAUCCUGCCAACAAACACGUCUACUAUACCGCACCGGUGAAUAGCCUGGCGUCCCGACCCAAGGACUUAAAAGGUUUCCGAACACCAGGUCCGGGCGCCUACACCUUGCCCAGGGUUCUGGGACCUCACACAGUGUACACUCAUGCCGAACCAUGCUACUCCAUGAAAGGGAAGAGUCAAUACCAGAGCUGUUUUCAUGACCUGGCAAUGACACCAGGUCCAGCAGCAUUUGCCAAGGUGGAACUGGACCUCUACAAAACCAGGGCUCCCAAGUACACAAUGGGACUAAAAACCAAAGGGGCUGGGAACGAUCGAUUUCCAGGUCCAGCAGACUACAACACGGGAAAGGUGUCACUUAUCAAGGCCCGGGAUCCUGCCUACACUUUUGGACUCCGUCACUCUCUCUACAAAGCUUCUUUAAUACCUGAAACACAUCUUGAUUGGCACAGCAGGAGUUUUUGCUGCAUCUUUGCUUCUAACUUACUGCUUCCCUCUAUUUCUCCUUCUCCUCAAUCUGCUACUUGCUGUUGCUCUUCACUUUGCUUCACUUUCUUUCGUGAUGCUAGUUUUGCUUUCUUCUUGCUCUGGGCUACAGGAAAGUUCUGUACCAGUGCUGUGUCAGAGAAGCCCUUUGGUAGCUCUCCUGUUUUUCCUGUAGUUUCUCUAGCCACCAGCAUGGAGGGACCUUGGGUAGGCACCUGGAGACCUCAUCCCCGACGGGGCCCAAUCCUUGCAGAAUUCAGCACCCCAGGUCCUAAGUACUGGAUCCCUGGAACAACAGGUCAUAUGGCUCAUGAUCCCACCAAAGACCGAGCCCCUGCAUACUCAUUUCGAGGGACCAAAGCGCCCUCCGCAGCAACCUGCUCACCAGGUCCUCAGUACUUCAUCGAAUCAUCCAUUACCAGGACAGGGAAGCAAGUGGCUCCAUUGGCACUUGUGACAGCACGUCCCAAGACCAAGAUUUUGGUCACCCCCGGACCCAGUGACUACACCACCGAUCCUGCCAACAAACACAUCUACUAUACCGCACCGAUGAAUAGCCUGGCGUCCCGACCCAAGGACUUAAAAGGUUUCCGAACACCAGGUCCUGACACCUACACCUUGCCCAGGAUUUUGGGACCAAACACAGCAUACACUCGUGCCGAACCAUGCUACUCCAUUAAAGGGAGGAGUCAAUACCAGAGCUGUUUUCAAGACAUAGCAAAGACACCAGGUCCAGCGGCAUUUGACAAGGUGGAUAUAGACGUCUACAAAACCAGGGCUCCCAAGUACACAAUGGGACUAAAAACCAAACUUCCUGGCAAGGGAACGUUACCAGGUCCAGCAGAAUACAGCCUGGGAAAGUUGUCAGUGACCAAGGCCCGGGAUCCUGCCUUCUCUUUUGGAGUCCGGCACUCUCUCUACAAAGCUUCUUUAAUACCUGAAACACAUCUUGAUUAAAGACAGAUACCUG